AUGCACGUUCAAGAGUAUCAGUAUCGCUUGAUUGAUGGCGUUCAGGCAGCGCUUGAGAAAUAUGAUGCUGAGUUGAAGAGUAUCAAUCAUCAAAUCUGGUCAAACCCCGAACUAGGCUAUGAAGAAUACAAAGCCCACGACCACAUCUGCGCACUAUUCGAAAACCUCAAAUCAGAAGGCUACCAAGUCCGUCGCAGCGCCUAUGGACUCGAAACCGCCCUGGAGAUAGAAUACACCCACGGCAGCGGCGGCCGCGUCGUCGCGUUCAACGCCGAAUAUGACGCCCUCCCGGGGAUCGGACACGCGUGUGGCCACAACCUCAUCGCGACCAGCUCGAUCGCCGCGUUCAUCGCGACCUGCGAGGCCCUGAAGGCGCAGUACCCCGAUGGGCCGGGGUACACGGUGCGGCUGCUGGGCACGCCGGCGGAGGAAUCCGGCGGGGGGAAGGUGAAAAUGCUAGAGAAUGGGGCGUACGAGGACGUGGACGCUUGUCUGAUGGUGCAUCCCAUGCCGAUGGCCCCGGAUGACCCGGAGCUGUUGAGCGUGGCGACGGUGCUGCCGGGUGGGUUUCUGGCUAACGACAAGGUCACGGUGACCUUUACUGGCAAGCCGGCGCAUGCGGCUGCUGCGCCGUGGGAGGGCGUGAAUGCGCUGGAUGCGGUGGUGGCGGCGUACGUCAAUAUCUCUCUGCUGCGACAGCAGAUCCUACCGACGCAGAGGAUCCAUGGGGUCAUUGCGCACGGCGGAGAACGCCCGAAUGUGAUUCCCAUGUCGGCGUCCGUGGACUAUUAUAUCCGGUCACCCAGUCUCAAGACCCUGAAGCCGUUGACCGAAAAGGUGGUCAAGUGCUUCGAGGCUGCGGCGACUGCCACCGGAUGCAAGGUGGAGUUUGAUUGGGGCAUCUCGUACGCGGAUCUGAAGACCAAUACGCCUAUCUGUGAGAAUUACGUUACUGCCAUGCGCGCAAUGGGGCACCAUACAGUUUUUGAUAACUCAGGGAAGAAGGGAGUCUUGGCUGGGGCGUCGACAGAUAUGGGGAAUGUUACCUAUGCCGUGCCCGGCUUUCAUGGAAUGUUCACCAUCCCCGCCGAGGGAGUGAAUCAUACACCGCAGUUUACGAAUGGUGCUGGAUCGCCGGAGGGGUAUAAGCGUAGUCUUGCCUGUGCCGCUGGUAUGGCUGUUGUUGCAUGCCAGAUCUUGGUGGAUGAUCAAGUUGCGGAGCAAGUGAGGAAGGACUUUGAGAAAGAUGAAUAA